AUGGCUGUCAACAUCUGUACGACGUCUCCGAUAUACCUGGAUUACAAUGCGACAUGUCCGGUUGCUCCUGAGGUUUGUGAAUCGAUAGCCGUGGCGCUUGCCGAUUACUACGGAAACCCAAGCAGCUUGUACGACAUUGGGGUCGCUGCCAAAGAGGCCAUUCAAAGUGCGAGAAUUCAAGUGGCGCUGAUGAUCGGCGCCCGCAACGUGUCAGACAUUAUCUUCACUUCCAGCGGAACCGAAGCCAAUCACAUGGCCAUAUUGUCUGCAAUUGCGAACUUCAAUAUCAUGAAUCGCAGACGAGAGACGUCACGUAUACCUCAUGUUAUCGCGUCGUCAAUCGAGCACCCGUCGGUUAAGAAGCAUCUGCAACGCCUAAUGGCUGCACGAGUCUGCUCAUGCACAUUUGUUGAUCCAAGACCGUUUUCCGGCCACAUUGAAGUCAGCGACAUUAUGCUUGCUGUCCAGCAAGAUACUUGCCUGAUUUCCGUUAUGCUGGCCAACAACGAAACUGGUGUUUUGCAGCCUGUUAAGAUGCUUGCUGAAAAAAUUCAGAACACAAACCGUUUUCGGGAGAACAAGAUCUAUAUACAUACGGAUGCUGCUCAGGCUAUCGGCAAAAUCGUUGUCGACGUGAAGCAGUUGAAGGUCGAUUACUUGACCAUUGUAGGACACAAGUUUUAUGGCCCACGAAUUGGAGCGCUUUACGUUCGUUCGUUAGGUUCGCUUGCUGGUGCUCCCCUGUUGCCAAUAUUUCAUGGUGGCAACCAGGAAAAUGGCUUUCGCGCAGGGUCUGUUUCGAUUCAGCGUUGCUUGGACACUUUACGUACGAGUACUGUUUAG